AUGGGUAACAUUGAAGGGAUAAAACUUACGCCAAUUCUUAGAAAUAGCUUUUCAGUAGCAAUUUUUGUGGUAGUAUUCACUGGUUUUAGAGGGACUACGUCUCCUUAUGGAGCACGACAUUUCUUGAUAUUUUCAUUUGUGCUUUGCAAAUACUGUUCUUAUGAACAAGACGACCAGACAAGGUGUGGUGAUCCAGACACUUGGUUGUUGGAUUUAUUACAUCUAAGAACAUAUUCCUAUUAUUAUAUAAGUACUGUAAUUAUGACAGCUCAUGUAUACCCCUUUUCCUCAUAUCUUUCCAAGCCGCGCAUCGUGGAUAUGAACGCAAAUGAUAUCACCAAUGAACAAAUCCAUGAAUUUCUCAAACGCACCCGUGCUCUCAACAUCACAGGCCGUGCAAGAGACUGCACUGCUAGAUAUGAAUUGCCUGAAGAAAUCCUACACGACAUGGAAGAGUCUUCCAAAAGUGCUCUUAGGAACAAUCUCCAGAAGUUCCAAAAAGACACCCUGCAGUAUGACGGAGGCGACUGGACAAAAUCAGGCGCACUCAACAGGAUAUUUCAAAACGAAGUCAAAAGGUUCCAAAUGGACGCUCUUACCAUCAUGAUACCAGCCAUAGGGGAAGCACUGCUACAUGUUCAAUAUGUACAAAGAGAUCUGGCAAAACAUCUAGGAGGAAAGGCGCAACGAUGGGAGCUACCUUGUCCACUCUCAUCAGAGGCAAUGCUAGACCUUGCAUGGUGGACGACCACAGCAAAAACCACAACCGGGUUACCAAUUCAGAAAUCACCACCAUGUCCGCCAGCAGUUACAAUCUAUGUAGACGCCUCCAAUACGGGGUGGGGAGUGUUGUGGUGGUUGAAGUCGAAGAAGUUUUUAAGAGGAAGAAUUGAAGAUUUGAGAUGA